GCUUUGUCUGCAUCUACACUAAUAAAAGAUAAACAAAAUAAAGCGUUUCCUGCUAUAGAGGUUUUUUCAAAGUCGAUAAUUUGCUUGAAAGAUCACUUGCUGAACGAAUUAAAGAGAAAAGGGACCAGGGUUGGAACAGACGACAUUUUAUAUGUGUUGACAGUUCCCGACAUUUGGAAUGACAAUGCGAAAGACUUCAUGAGGCAAGCUGCGAAGCGGGCUGGCAUAAAGGACAAUACGUUAACGAUAUCCCUAGAACCUGAGUCAGCGUCCCUGUUCUGUCAAUUUCUUCCCGUUGAUAGAUUCUCCGUCGGUGGUGGAGCACCGUGUGCUUUAGCAGUUCCUGGUACAGUGUAUAUGAUAGUCGAUCUUGGAGGGCACCAGGAUGCUUCGCUGAAAGAAGACAAUUAUCUGACAAUUACAGGAUGAUGCAACUUGACAUCGACAAACAUAAUUACAAACGAUGUACCAAAUUGUCACGAGAGCUGCGUGAUUGGUUUUUCGGCAAUAGAAAGUGCAAGGACCAUGUAGUGAAUAUUUAUAUUGUGGUCGGUAAAGACAUUAAGUGGCUUCGACAUGCACCGGUCGACGUUUCGUUUUCCACUUCAAUUAACUUGAUGUAGAAUCAUCUGAUAAAAGCUGUGUUAAAUGACUCUAAAACAUCGUGCUUUGAUGGCAUUUAUGUUAUUUAUUAUUCAUAAUGUCUACGGUUUAAUGGAACGCCCUUCUUUAUCGUCUCAUUGUAUGCAUCUUCAUUCUUUGUCAUGCCUUUAAUGUUUGUUAUGGUCAGUGUAUUGGCACUGUGGUUGUUUAUACA